UCUUCGGAUCGGCGAUGUCCUUCUGUCCGGUCCCUCACACCUCGCGCGACCAGGGCUGGCUCGUCACCGGCGCGUUGCUCGGUGCCUCGGCUGCUCUCUACGCCCGCCGCCUCUACGCCGCCCGCAGCCGAGGCCAGACAGCCAAGCGGCAUGGAGGUCCGACGCUGGCCUCGGCGGACCCGGCGCUGUACCCGUACCUGCUCGAGAAGGGGACGCGGCCGAGCGAGCCGCUCCAGGAGCUCUUUGCCGCCGUGGAGCGGGAGCCGCGUGCGCGCAUGAUGGGCAGCCCUGAUGAGGCGCAUUUCCUCGGCUGGCUGGUCGAGCUUAUGGGCGCCAAGCGGGUCCUCGAGGUCGGCGUCUUUCGCGGCUCGACGACGCUCGCGCUCGCUUCGGCGCUGCCGCAAGAGGGCAAGGUAGUGGCGCUCGAGCUGAAUGGCGACUUUUGCUCGACGGGGCGGCGGUAUUGGGACAAGGCGGGCGUCGGCGGCAAGAUCGACUUGCGGCUCGGCCCCGCGUCGGAGAGCAUGCGACUCCUGCUGGCGGAGGGUGGCGGCGGCUCGUUCGACCUCGUCUUCAUCGAUGCCAACAAGGCGGACUACGACGACUACUACGAGCAGGCCCUCGCGCUUCUCCGCAGAGGCGGCGUGGUCGCCGUCGACAACACGCUCUGGGGCGGCAGGGUGCUCGAGGCGCCCGCAGCGACGGCCGACACGGCCGCGAUCCAGGCGAUCAACGACAAGCUCGCCUCAGACCCGCGCGUGAGCAUCGUCAUGCUCGGCAUCGCGGACGGAGUCACGCUCUGCCGAAAGCGGUGACCGGGUUUGCACGAGGCUGGUGCCGCUGUAGUCGUGCGACCGUGUAUGUUUUGGUGCGGCGGCGCCCCGCGCGAGCCGCGAGGGCAAGCGCGGCCACAGACGGUCCCGCGCCUCGCCGCUAUGACGGCCGCACGACCGCAGCUCGUGUGCGUGCGGCCGUCUUUAUCGUCCGGAGUGAAUACUCCAACGCACUCGUC